AUGAAUAACCCAAAUUAUUUGAACAGUGAGAUAUUCUUUCAUGAUGAAAACAAGAACCCUGUUCGGGUUAGAGUGCACGACUGUUUGGACAAUAGGAAAAUGGGAUAUGAUUACCAACAAAUGCCAACUCCGUGGCCCCAUUUUAAGCCACUGAAGAGGAUCAAGAUCACUGUCAAUCCAAGUUUAGUUCCACCAGCUACUCAAGUAUUCCAAUAUCAAAGAUGGAUAAAGUCAUUUCAUUUUCAGUUUGCAGGCCAGCUUCAGGAAGGACUCCACAAGAGAAAGAUGGAAAAAGAAGAGCUUUUAACUCUAAAACAAGUCAAGUACGAUAUUAGUAAGCAAAUAAGACUUGAAGUGUUCCUCAACGUGGAUACCUUCAAUUGGCAUGAGCUAGAGUCGCUCGAGGAAAUUGGCCUUCAAGAUGAAGACACUAUCAUAGUGACUCUGGUCUCGAAAAUGGGGUUGAAUCUAUCACCAUUGAAUCUGCAGAGAUUGAACUUGCAAAAUGUUGUAAUUCUGUUCAUGGCAGCUGGCCUGCUUUUGCCUUUCCCAUUGUUUGUGUUGAAAUAA